UGGUUCCCUCACUUUUAAUUUUAAAUUUAGACCAGGAAGUAGUUGGAGUAAGUCAAAAUCAACCCUGUUUUGGAGCGGCUUGGGUCAACGGUUGUGGAAUAGCUCAAAUUUCCGACAGCAUUUGAAUGCAGCGGGAGUCCUCCCAGUCGAAUCUGGCUGAACGUGACGACGUGCCGACUCGGAGCCGAGGAGCGAGGUUUCCUGGCGGAGCAGCAGAGGGAGCAGGAGCCGAGCGGUUCAGUCGGUCUUUGGCGCAAACCCCCUUCACUCCAGCUCAACACCGGCGGCUAUGGCUCCAUCACUGUCCUCCUGAAGGGACGUUACUCCGUCGGAUGCUCCAGUAACCAUCGAGGAGGGAAAGAGGAGGGAAGGAGGAGGGAAGGAGGAGGAGGGGGCAUCCCUAUCAGUCUUCAACUACCAGGCUGACUCACGCCAGGAGAGCCUGAACACACGGAAAGGUUUCAGAGGCCACAAGAGUAAGGAACACUGAAACAGAGCUGAAGAAGGAAGGUGUGGAGAAGAAAACGGAGAGAGGAGGAAGGACAGACGACAAGAAGAGACAGUGGAUUUGCAUCCGUGCUGAGACGAGGAGAAGAGAAAGUGACGGCUGGAAUACGAGAGAGAGGAAAAGUUUUAGAGAACAGCAACCCCCAGUAAUUACGGUGAUCCAUCGGAAAGGUCGAGCUGACCUCUAAAGUUCAGAAGAACCAAGCGUCCCCGCAACCCCUCCAACUGCUGUCACAGAACGGUCACCACACUGGGAGAACUGGGAGAACUGGUGUUGAGGAGAAGCCACCAUGAGCGACCAGAACGUCGUCAAGGAAGGCUGGGUCCAGAAAAGAGGCGAAUACAUCAAGAACUGGCGACCACGUUACUUUCUGCUCAAGACAGAUGGCUCCUUCAUCGGCUACAAGGACAAACCGCAGGACUCGGACCUGGCCUAUCCGCUCAACAACUUCUCUGUAGCAAAAUGUCAAUUGAUGAAGACAGAACGACCCAAACCAAACACCUUCAUCAUCCGCUGCCUGCAGUGGACCACCGUCAUCGAGAGGACUUUUCAUGUCGACACUCCUGAUGAGAGGGACGAGUGGGCCGAGGCCAUCCAGAUGGUUGCAGAAUCGCUGGCUAAACAGGAGGAGGAAGGCAUCCUGUGCAGCCCCACUUCCCAGAUUGAGAACGUUAAUGAGGAGGAGAUGGACACGUCCAUCAGUCACUACAAACGAAAGACAAUGAAUGACUUUGACUAUCUGAAGCUUCUGGGUAAAGGCACGUUUGGAAAAGUCAUUCUAGUGAGGGAGAAGGCGAGCGGCACCUACUAUGCCAUGAAGAUCCUGAAGAAGGAAGUCAUUAUAGCCAAGGAUGAAGUUGCUCAUACGCUCACAGAAAGUAGAGUAUUAAAAAACACUCGGCAUCCGUUCCUAACGUCUUUGAAGUACUCGUUCCAGACCAAGGAUCGGCUUUGCUUUGUAAUGGAAUACGUCAAUGGAGGAGAGCUGUUUUUCCACUUGUCAAGAGAGAGGGUGUUUUCAGAGGACCGCACUCGUUUUUACGGCGCCGAGAUUGUUUCUGCUUUAGACUACCUUCAUUCUGCCAAGAUCGUCUACCGUGACCUCAAGCUGGAAAACCUCAUGUUAGACAAAGACGGCCACAUCAAGAUCACAGAUUUUGGCCUGUGUAAAGAGGGGAUUACCGACACUGCGACCAUGAAGACCUUCUGUGGAACACCAGAGUACCUUGCUCCUGAGGUUCUGGAGGACAACGACUACGGGCGAGCGGUGGACUGGUGGGGUCUGGGCGUCGUUACCUAUGAGAUGAUGUGCGGCCGGCUUCCGUUCUACAACCAGGACCACGAGAAGCUGUUUGAGCUCAUCCUGAUGGAGGAGAUCAAGUUUCCACGAACCCUGUCUGCUGAUGCCAAGUCACUGCUGUCAGGCCUGCUGAUCAAGGACCCCAACAAACGGCUGGGCGGCGGGCCGGAUGACGCUAAGGAGAUUAUGAGGCACAGCUUCUUCGGCACAGUCGAUUGGCAGGACGUGUACGACAAGAAGCUGGUCCCGCCCUUCCAGCCGCAGGUCUCCUCAGAGACGGACACGCGCUACUUUGACGAGGAGUUCACAGCACAGACCAUCACCAUCACUCCACCAGAAAAAUAUGACGAGGACGGGAUGGACGCAGCGGACAACGAGCGACGGCCUCAUUUCCCACAGUUCUCCUACUCAGCCAGCGGGCGGGAGUGAGCGCUUCGUCCCAGUCAGCCACCGUCGUCCCCAUUCGUGGCCAUUUUGAGGAAAACGCGUAGCCAUUCUAGAAAAAGAAAAAAGAAAAAAAAAAGACCAGUCUCCCCUCUUUUUCUCCCCGUCUGCCUCGUCGCAGACGUGAAGAAGUCUUUUUAGGGACUUUAAAAGAGGUUUUUGCACAGUGGGAUAGACUCAAGCUGGUCUCCCCACACUAAAAAAA